AUGAAUUUUAUUACUAUUUUUAAUGAAAAACAAAAUACAAAUGUCAAUUGAAUUUAAACAUGUUGCUUAGAUUUAGUCUAUCUGUAAACUUCAAUGCUUAAGCAGACUGCCAUUGCGUUUUCUACCACUAGAGGGCAAUGACUCCAUCCACCAGGUUCUGUGUGAAUUUGAUUAUUUGGUCAGUCUGGUGAGAACAGCUCUAAAUCUUGAGGUCCAGACCAACUCAUCCAACACUAACAGUCGGCUCUGAACCAGAACCAUCUAGAUUACUGCUAUCAAUACAAUUUAACAUGACAUCUGAGUACUUUAGUUUCUUCACUUUAAACCAAAACAUGUUUAUAUGUGUGUCUGCUCAGUGUGUAAGAUUUCUUUUUGGGUGUUUUCAAGUUCUCCACACAAGUUUGUCUGCGUGUGCAUUUGAGAGAGAAAAAAAGGAAAGGAACAAGAGAGGGAUGUUAUUCUUAUUGUGGUCGAAUGGAGAUGAGUUCAAAACCACAAAAACAACAGAAUGGGAGAACCAACGACUGAAUAAGCAAAGAAAACAAAAGGAGAAUAGUCAGUAAUGUGCAACAUCCCAAGCCAAAUGAAGAUUUAUGGGGGCACAAAAUUUCAUGAUAAACUGUGGAGUGAAAGAUUAAUGAUUUAGCAUCUGAAGGCUUUUGUCUUUUUAAGGCCACAUAACACAUCUGCUUUGUCUUGCCUUGAUGUGCUGUCAAAACUUGUUUAUAAAACCAUUUUGCAUUUGGAAAGACACUUGAGGAAAAGCCUUCAGGCGGGACCUCAAUAAAGCCACAGUGAAAAUGUCCAAAAUGUUCCAGAAACACGAGCCCACACAUUUUGGAUUAAACCAAGAUGAAUUUAAGGAGAUCAAACCCAUCGAUGUGUUUUCUAUAUUUACAGAAGAACUUCUGACACUGUGGGCAUGUUAUCUGCAGCAGUCAAGACGGACGGGGUUAAAACAGGGAUGCAAACUCAUGUGUGCUACACUUCAGAGAGAGACAGAGAGUGAGAGAGAGAGAGAGAGAGAGAGAGAGAAUAUGUUUUCAGGACUGGUUGAUUAACAGUGGGCAUUUGGGGGAGGUAUCAGACCAAAAGAGAGGGAGGGAAGCAGAAAGAGAGAGAGAGAGGUGUAGAUGAAUCUUUCUGUUACUUGUGUGCAACUGAUGAUUUUCUUCCUACUUUCUUCACACUCACACACUUCUCUUUGGAGAGCCAGUGGGAUGUGACAGUAAAUCAGAGAGAUGAUGAUUCAAAGACUCACCGGGAAGCACUCAGUGAAACAGAACGCGAGCUGGAUGCAACAUAAAUGAGUGAAACUUGGGAGCUAUGAGCCAUAAAGCAUGACCGCUUGAGUUUGGCCUCCGCAGAGCUGUGGACUCGAACAGGAAAGGCGCACGGCAUCAUCUUCAGGAGCGCUUCAACAAACAUCCCGUACUUCUGAUGGAUUUCCACACUGCCUCUGUACAUCUGGAGCUCUGAGCCUCGUCGAUCUCUGACCUGCUGCUUGACCUUUGACCUCUGAGUGACCUCUUCAGGAAUCACAGCAAGAAAAAAACUCCAGGUCCAGAUCUGCAGAAUGUUCUGGAAGCUGGCAAUACAUGCCAUUUUGGCAUGGACCUUAUUCGCAUCUACAGAGACCAAGAAGCAACGUCCUCAAGGUUCCAUCCCCUCCCCUUACAAGCUAAAGGGCAAUGAUUUAUCAUCGCCAUCCCAUGCACUAGCAUCACUGCCUCAGCAUACUGCAUCAGCACGACGACAGAAGGGUAAACAUGACAUGCUGUCAUCGAGUCGUGAGGCUCUGGUGGUCACCGAGCGCAAGUACCUGAAGAGUGACUGGUGUAAAACACAGCCGUUACGCCAAACUGUGAGCCUGGAGGGCUGCCUAAGCCGAACCGUUAUCAACCGGUUCUGUUACGGCCAGUGUAACUCCUUCUACAUCCCACGCCACCUGACAUCUCAAAGCUCACAUAGAAGUCGGAAAACAGCGUCCACACCAGACCACACCACUUCAUUCCAGUCCUGUGCUUUCUGUCGACCGAGCCGGAUAACCACAGUCACCGUCCGGCUUCACUGUCCUGGGCUGCAGCCGCCAUACCGCCAACGGAAAGUGCAGCGGAUCAAGCAGUGCAAAUGUGUGUCUGUUAAUGUCAAUGCUGCAUACUGAGAUGAAACAAUGAUUUAGGGUGUUCCUUUCGGGGAAAAAAAGAACUGUGGCUGCCUGACAAUCAGUGUGUGAAAUGUGCCAAAGACAACAGCUAAUCAGAGGCCUGGCCACCUUCAUUAUGUCUGGACUCUACCACAGAAUGCUAAGCGGGAAUACUUAAUAGCUGCCGAGCAGCGUUCGAAACAAAGCUGGAUUUUUUUCUUCUUUUCUUGACAAUACGAAAGAGCUGAGAGUUGUUACAUACAAAACCCAAACUGUCAAUUGUGUUUUAAAUGAACAAUGUUUGAUCCUUGACCCCCUGAAAGCUUUUCCUUAUCAAAACAUGGAGUGUCUGUCCUCCUGCUUUACCUCAGCAGUGCUGAUUCUCUGUAGAGUGCAACAGUCGGGUUCUGGAAGUAGAAAUCCUAUUCAUUUUCUUAUU